AUGGUCUUCCCGUAUGAUUUAUCCCAGGGUUGGGUAUUAACAAUUUUGUCAUCGUUCUUAUGCAUUUUGGGAAGUUGCAUAAUUACUAUAGAUGACGUUUACUAUGGUGUAUUUCCAAAGUUCAUUACUUCUAAGUACCCACUAAAAAUUAAAGAGAAUUAUAGAUUUUUGAAUGCAACACUAGCGUUAUCAUCCGGUUCGAUUAUAUUUACAAGUUUAUUUAGAUUAUUACCAGAAUCCCAAAAGUAUUUGUUUGGUUAUUCCCAAGAUAGAAGUGAAACUUGGUUAAAAUUUGAUUUGAUUUUCAGUUAUAUUUCAGGUAUUGUUAUUUGCUUGAGUUUCAACUUAAUCUUACAUGUAUUAACUAGUCAAAGUGUAGUUCAUUGUGCUCAUAAUGAUCAUGAUGAGCAUGGCCAUGGGGAAAACCAUGUUGGAUCACUGGACUCUGGAAAUGAUACCGAACAAACUCCAUUAAUUGAUGGUAAGACAAUUCACCAUAGAAAAUCAAUUAUUCUGAAAUUAUUAGAUGGAGAUAAUAGUGAAGAUGGACCAGCUGGUGAAUGCAGAGGUUACACAUCAGCCGAAUUAUGUGCUUAUCUUAAUUUAGAUGAAGAACCUACGGAAUUACAUUAUUGUGAAAUACCAACUUUGCCACAAGAACAAUUUAAUAGAAUUUACCGUGAUCCUGAACAUCACCCUCAUGAAAAUCAAAAUCACGACCAUGAUCACAGUCACAACCAUGACGAUAAUGAACAACAUGAACAUGUUCAUGCUCACACACACGAACAUAACCACCAUGACGAACACUAUUCCCAUGCGAGAGAUGAAGAAGAGGCAAUUGAACCCCAUCAACAUACUCAUACCAAUUUGAAUAGAUCAAUGUCGAGAUCUUCUCAUCAUAGCCACUACAACCAUUCCCACCAUCAUCAUGUCAACACUGCUCAUUCUAGAUUAUUGGUUAUUGGUAUUCAAACAGCGUUAGCUAUUACUUUGCACAAAUUGCCAGAAGGUUUUAUUACAUAUGUUACAUCAGAAACAAAUCCAGAUUUAGGAAUAUCUAUAUUCUUGAGCUUAAUCGUUCAUAAUUUUGUUGAAGGAUUUUCAAUUUGUCUUCCGUUGUUUUAUUCAAUGGAAAAUAGUGUUAGUAAUCCAAAAAUUGUGGCAAUUUCUAUAACUUCCCUAUUGGGUGGACUUUCAAACCCAAUUGGUGCUUUAUUUGGUUACCUAUUCUUACUUUUUAACUCCGACAAAUAUGACAUGGACAAACUUAACUACAUUUUUGGUAUCACAAUGGCUGUCACCAGUGGGUUCCUUACUGUCGUUGCAUUGAGUAUGUUUGGUAGUAGUAUUUCAUUCGGCGGUAAUGUCAACUCCUCGAUGACUUGGUGUAUAAUCGGCAUUACGAUCAUCGGCUUUUCCUACAUCUUAAAAUAG